AUGUCGACCUCAUUAUUCUUGCUUCCCGCUCUGCUACUGGCGGCGGCAGCAGCCACAACCAAGACAGUCGAGAGCCUCACCGUGGCUCCUGGUUGUCCGGCGAGCUGCGGCAGCGUGGACAUCCCCUACCCUUUCGGCAUCGGCAGCGGCUGCUUCCGCAAGGGCUUCGAGAUCGAAUGCAUCAACAACGGCCCUGUGCUCGCCGGCACCACCCUUCAGGUGGUGCACCUUUCGGUGGAUCCUGCAGAGUCGCAGGUGAUGCUCCCCGUCGUGUGGCAGUGCUAUAACGCCUCGAGUUCAGGGGAAGCCGAGGACUACAGCAAUGGCGAGACAGGUAUGAAGAAGGACGGCGUGUACCGCAUCUCCAGCACGCACAACAUGCUCGUCGUCCUCGGCUGUAACACCUUUGGAUUCACGGCGAGCGCGAGGGCCGACGGCGGCAGCGCGGCCUACAUCAAGGGGUGCAUGUCCUACUGCAACAACUCGGCGAGCGCCGAGGACGGGAUGUGCGCCGGCGUCGGGUGCUGCCACGUCGACAUCCCGUCGGGGCUCACCGAGAGCUACUUCAAGUUCUGGGCGUACGAUCACUCGGCCAUGAUGGACUACAGCCCCUGCGACUACGUAUUCCUCGUCGACAGGACCAACUACACCUUCAGGCGCUCCGACCUGCUCAUGGACAGGAACCGGACCUCGCCGGUGCGGCUAGACUGGGCCAUCCGCAACAAUGAUGCUAUGUCAGGCGCCGUAUUGUCGUGCUCCGACGCGGCCAAGAGCACCACCGAUCCGGAGUACGCCUGCAUCAGCGAUCACAGUGAGUGCGUCGAGUCCGUCAAUGGGCCUGGGUACAGGUGCAGCUGCUCCGAUGGCUACGAGGGUAACCCCUACCUUGUCAACGGGUGCACCAGGUUUUGGCCCAGCUCCACUAUGCCGCCGAGUACAAGCCGUGUUAAUGUGUGGCUCAAAAGUUUGAAAGGUUGGGAUAGGAAACUGAUGGCUGUGGUGAUUGCAGCUGUUAUCUGGGGGAUCGGGAAGUCAACGAACCUAGCAUGCUUUCGGAAGAAAUGGCCUGUUGAACCAAUCUAUGUGAAGGAACACGCAAAGGAUCAACUACGGUGGCUCGCAAAGCUGGUGGAGCGGGUCGCCGUUGAAGUGUUCGGCACGAGGGGGAGCUGGGCGACAUGGAUUCCAAGAAUAUCGAUGUAG